CGUCAGCGGCGGGGGCGGGCGCGCGGUGCCGGUGCGCCGGGCCGAGCGGAGCCGAGUCGAACCGAGGGGAGCCGAACCGAGCCGAGCGGAGCCGGAGUGUGGCUGAGACCUGUGGAGGGAUAACCAGGCUGCGCAGCGCAGGGAAUUCCAGCAAGCUGUAAAGAUCCGAUGACACUUGGCUUCGCUCACAAAAGACAUACAAGGGGAAGGUGUUGGAACUGCAGACAUGGAAGCCUGCUGUGCUGAGUGCAGCCGAUAAAGUGAGUUUUGGUCUGCAAACAUUUGCUGCCAUUGAGAUUUCUAUCAGCUGAUGGGGAAGAUGAGGUCUGCCUGUACCAAAAAGGGAGCGAUGAGAAGGGUGAAGCUUUGCUGACCGCUGGGGACCCCGGCCAGUGCCUGGAUGCGCUUCACUGGUGGGGCAACACUGUCAAAACUUGUGGGCAGGGAGGGUUUGGGGCAGCGGAGGGGCCAUGGGGCUGCUCUGGGCUCUGCCCCAUGGCGGGGCCACCUGGCUGCUCUAGCACUGAGACACUGGGGACGUGGGGCCGAGCAUCUGGCUGCAGCGCCAGCCCUGUGCUUUGGCAUCAUCUUGGGGACAUCAGAGAAGGAAACCAAGAAAGUGGCUGGAAAAUGUAGCAGUGCUGAUUUCUUUAGUCUCAAGAAAGAUAAACUUUCUGUUUUGCUGCUUCAAAGUCUCUUCUACUCAGUUUAAAACAUUUUGUUUGUGUCUGUGUGUGCUCACAUCUAUUUUCGCUGCGUCCGCGUGUCAUCUUGAAGCGAUGGGCUCAGAGCAAGAUCCCUCCAAGCAUCUGUAAGUAAUAAUGAGGCGCUUGAUUCCAAACCACAUUUGUGACCUGGAAGCCCUCUGACUCUCCCAUCUUUUCAAGUGAAGGAGAAAGAGCCGCAAGAGGACGGACCCCGCGAUGGCAGAGAAGUGCGACUGCAUCGCCAGCAUGUACGGGUACGACCUGGGCUGUCGCUUCAUUAAUUUUCGGCCCUUGGGCUUUGGGGCCAACGGGCUGGUGCUGUCAGCCCUUGACAGCAAGAGCUGCCGCAAAGUGGCGGUGAAGAAGAUCACCAUCGGCGACGCGCGCAGCAUGAAGCACGCCUUCCGCGAGAUCAAAAUCAUCCGCCGCCUGGACCACGACAACAUCGUGAAGGUGUACGAGGUGCUGGGCCCCAAGGGCGCCUGCCUGCGGGGGGAUUUCUUCAAGUUCAACAUGGUGUACAUCGUCCAGGAGUACAUGGAGACGGACCUGGCGCGCCUGCUGGAGCAGGGGAAGCUCGCCGAGGAGCAUGCCAAGCUCUUCAUGUACCAGCUGCUGCGGGGGCUCAAGUACAUCCACUCGGCCAAUGUCCUCCACCGGGACCUCAAGCCAGCCAAUAUUUUCAUCAGCACGGAGGACCUGGUGCUGAAGAUCGGAGACUUCGGGCUGGCCAGGAUCGUGGAUCAGCAUUACUCACACAAGGGUUACCUUUCUGAAGGCUUAGUAACGAAAUGGUACCGCUCCCCCCGGCUCCUCCUCUCGCCAAACAACUACACCAAAGCCAUCGACAUGUGGGCAGCCGGCUGCAUCCUGGCCGAGAUGCUGACGGGAAGGAUGCUCUUUGCUGGGGGUCACGAGCUGGAACAGAUGCAGCUUAUUCUGGAGACAAUUCCCGUUGUCCACGAGGAGGACAAAGAGGAGCUGCUCAAAGUGAUGCCCACGUUCAUCAACAGCACCUGGGAAGUGAGGAAGCCGCUGCGUAAGCUGCUCCCCGAAGUGGACAGUGAAGCUAUUGAUUUUCUGGAGAAAAUACUGACAUUUAACCCUAUGGAUCGACUAACGGCUGAGAUGGGUCUGCAGCACCCUUACAUGAGUCAGUAUUCCUGCCCCGAGGAUGAACCAGUGUCUCAGCAUCCAUUCCGGAUUGAGGAUGAGAUUGAUGAUAUUUUGCUGAUGGAAGCCAACCAGAGCCAGAUGUCUAACUGGGACAGGUAUCACAUAAGCCUCUCCUCCGACCUGGAAUUGAGGCACGAUAAAUACCACGACAUGGAUGAUGUUCAGCGAGACCCUCGGGCAGGGUCUGAAUCCAUUGCUGAGGAAGCACAAGUUGACCCACGGAAGUACUCACAGAGCAGCUCGGAGAGGUUCUUGGAGCUCUCCCACUCAUCCAUGGACCGAGUAUUUGAUGCUGAUUGUGGGAAAUCAUGUGAUUACAAAGUGGGGUCACCUUCGUACUUGGACAAAUUGCUGUGGAGGGACAAUAAGCCCCAUCACUACUCAGAGCCCAAGCUGAUUUUAGAUUUAUCCCACUGGAAAAGAGCAACCAUAGCACCCACAGCUGAGCUGUCGCUGGAAGAAGAACCAUCCAACCUCUUCCUGGAGAUUGCUCAGUGGGUGAAGAGCACGCAGGUGGGUCUCGAGUGUCCCAGUCCGCUUCCAGAGAUUCAGGAACGGAGCCUGCCAUCUUCUCCUCACCACCUCCACAAAGAACCCACGGAGGUGAACAGCAAAAAAGACUCUGAGUUUGACUUGGACGUCUUCAUCUCCAGGGCACUGAAACUUUGCACAAAACCCGAGGAUCUUCCAGACAACAAGCUCAGUGACAUCAACGGGGCCUGCAUAUCCGAGCACCCCAGCGAGAUUGUACAAACAGAGGUGUACCAGAAAGACCGAUGCGUCUUAAAAUGACGAGGACAAAAAUCAGCAUUUUCGUUACGGUCAGAUACCCUCCUGGUUUGACGGGUCCCCAAAACAGCAAACUUUGAGCUCCUCUGAGGCACCCGUGCAUGUACAGCUGGUAUGGAGAGAAGUGAUGCCAGGCAGUGUCUGUGGUCAGCCGCCAGUCAGCAGAGAACGGAACUAGAGGUAGAGUUUGGCCAUCAGACAGGAAAUAACUCUUCGGGAAUGUUAAUGGGGAAGGAAUUUGACCUACAAAAUAUGGGCCACUUGGGACUUUAUUUUAUUUUUUCUGAUGGGAAGACACGAUUUUUUGCUAAGCUCGUUCUCCUUGUUUGGUUUCUCACACAUAAGUGUUCCCUUCUGUUGCAUGGGAUAGAUCUGAGCUCUCUCAGUAUUUAGGAGGCCCCAUACGAUGCAUUUCAGUGUAACAACCUGGUGCUGCGAGUUCUCACUCGGGCAGCUGCCUGUCAGACCAGCAAAUUCUGGUGGUAAGGUCUGGACAGGAGUCAAGAGCUAGAAACGGGGUGUCUCACGGUGUGAUGCUGCCUGGCACCACCAGCUACACAGACUUAGCAAGAGCACCCACCUUUGCUAAUAAAAAAUGAAUGGAAGUACUACUAUUUUACCUUCUGACAGAGGUUCUGUGAAGGAGACAGCAGUUCUUGUGGCAGUAGAUUUGUAACUGGCCACUUGGCUUCCAGCUUCUUUGGAAGGUGCUGGUGUCAGCAGGCGACUGAGCGCGGUUUGUAAAUAGACGAAACCACAACUGAUCUACUGUAACGUCUGUUUUCAUCCACACUUCUGAGCACCUUAAUAAUUAAUCAGCUAACAAGAGUUUGUAUAUGGAAGAAAAGUUCUAUACUUAUAUUUAAUCAAACUCGGCAGUUUUUUAAAUGGAAAAUCUGUAAAUAGUGUCAUAAAAGCCAAUCUCUGCUUUCCUUGCCAUCAUGUCACUGUGCUCUCCAGCACGGCAGCACUACUUUCAUUUGUAAAAGCGAAACUGCUGUAUUUAAUAACUCCAAGGUCCAUAUUUAACUAUUGUUCCUAUGCGAAUUAUUUCUACUCUUCUAAUAAGCAAUCUACUAAAUGUUCUGAGAUGUGAAGAAAACUCCUGUGAGACUCAGAUGAUAACUAACAGCAGCAUUUACUAUAUUAACCUUGCUUUCUGUUCUUGGUGGGAUCAGGGACAGGUUUAGCUGUAGGAGAGCUUGUGCUAAACAUUGACAAGCCCAAAAACUUGUUCUUAUUGAGCAGAUCUCUCUUUAGCUGAUGAAAAUGCAGUUAUCACAGCUGAUUAGCAGGAUAGGUGUGACGGCUUCUGGCUGCAUGGAUGGGAUGGUGUGGAAGUCCUAAGGGGCAGGGGUGGAGAAGGCAUCUGGAAGGCAAAGCCAUUGGGCUCUGGUCUUUGCUUCGAGCAUUUGGAUGUCCCCCACAGUGGUUUAGAAAGAAACAGAGAAGGAGCAGAGGGUUGGUUUCCAGUGUGUUGCAGAUAAUUGAUAUACCUCAGCUAAAGCUCAGCACUUUUACUGGUGGUGGGAGAAAUUCGGAUGCUGAAGAGCAGCCAUCCCUGCAGUGGAGCGGAUCCAGAUCCAGCCCUGGCAGCCCACGACUCCUUGCCCAUGGUCCCGCUCAGCUUCACCAUGCACCUGGCAACAGGCAGGAAAGGCUGGGAAUGGGAUUGAUGGAGCUCGAGUGAGUGUAUGCCAUGGGAGGAGGUGGCAGCAGUUGUGUCCCAUCGCCUUGUGCCACCCAAAAGGCAGGGAGCAGAUAACCCCCUGCCUCUGAUGGGAGGUGCACAAACACUGCAGCCGGGGCAUCAACUGAAAAUUAGGUUUUUGGGAGAUGGUGGAGUUUAGGCCUGAAGGAUAAGAUCAGCAAGGCCAGAGCUGACUUAUAAAACUCUCUUCUGACAGAUUCAGUGACUAUUUGCUGCCGCUGGGUUAAACAGGGAUACUUGCUGACAUGCAAAAAUGUCCUCUGAAACCAGAAGCCAUUUUCCAUGGGUUGUUAUAUUUGGGCUGAACAUCUUCACCAGAGGCCUAUGGGACUGUUUAUUAUGGCCAUGGAAUUAUCAGUUUUGCUUUUGCAUAUUGUCUUCUAAGAGUAGUGGAAGCUGUUAAAUCCACGGUUAAAGUGUAAUACUAACUUCACAAGAAGCAUAUAGAUUGUACCGCCGCUGCUCUCAGUUCUUCAUCUUGGUUUGUGAGCUGUAAUUUAAUGUUGUUCCAAAACCUCAGCAUCACAUGCUGCGAUAAAGGGGAUAAUGAGAAGCGUGGCUUUAAUUUGUUACCUGAGUGUGCUCAGCCGAUCACAAGCCAGGUUUGUUUCUCAUCAACAAUAAAACUUAAGGCCUGAACCUUC